GGAGAGUGAAUAAAUUAAGAAAAUAUUCAUUUUUGAGUUUACUAAUCCCACUAUUAACUGCAUCAGAAUCUAAGCAGUUUUAUCUUGAAUAUAUUCUAAUCUACAAAGGUCAUUUGCGGACAAUUAUUUCCCCGUCUCUCCAUGUACAAAUAAGUCCGCAAGAUGUCGCCAACAUUCAGAUAACAAAAAAAAGCAUAUGUCCGGUGUCUGGUGUGUCUACUUUACUAACCUCUGUGUGCCUGCUUUUACAGGCAUUUCGUCGUCGCUUCCCUAAAUAUUACACUACAAAUCUUUUUAUAAACACCAGCAUAUUUUGAGGCUUUACUUCUCAAAACCCUAAAGGGAGCAAUAUAGCCUGUUGAAUGUGUGUUAUUGCCCUGUGAUUAUAUGGAAAGCAAACUGAAGUCUGGUCACUCCAUUGAGUCUCAUAAAAAGACGACGAAGGAGGCGCUCUCCUCAACACUUUACUGAGAGGAGAACACGCAAUGUGAACAUUGGAGAACGGACAGACUGUGACUACUGAUGAUAGAGCGAUAUUUACCUUAUCUGCCUUCAGAAAGUCAGUUCUUUUAACCCUUCAGUGUCCCCUUCUGGAGAAGGAAGAGCUGUCAUGGGAGAAGCGCGGCACUUCGCACGCGCCUGGAUUGAUGGAGAACCGCGAAACUUCGCAAUGGAUGAAAAACAUCACGAGAACGCGUGUCCAGCGCGGUAGAACGAUGGAACGCGGACGUAAUACACUGUAACAAAGAUUCCCAUAAGGGAUCAUUACAGACCAUAUGCCAUGAGGACUCAGAAGUCCCACGGCCGGACGUCAGGCACACCUUCCCGCCAACGCCUGCCACGUUUCAGUCUUCAUUCCAGGAGAAAGAAGGAAUGUGUAAUCCAGGGAAAGCUGCGUAUCCGUUCCAUGCCGGGUGCCUUUCUGGUGCUCGGGGUGGUGGUGGUUGUUGUUGGUACUGCACUUGCUGUGGCAGGCUACUGGCCAUACAGGGCUCGAUCAUCAGUGGACACAGAGGAAGGAUCCUCUGGAACUGCAUCAGGAUGGGGAUUAGGGUCCAAAGGACUGUUUUCUGCAGCAAGUCUGGUUCAUAGCGAAAGGAUGAAACUUCUAGGACCUGUCAUAAUGGGAGUGGGACUUUUCAUACUUAUUUGUGCCAAUACGGUACUCUAUGAGAACCGGGACAGGGAAACUCAAAUGCUUCUGGCUCAGAUGCGGAGCGUCAUUUGCUCUGUUUCUGCAGCCAUGCCUUCGGCUGACCUCUUGCAGGUGAACUCUCUUGCCAGGCACUACCAAUGGGUCAGCAGUUUACCUGCAGCCCACCUGAACAUCCUCUGCCUGCAUGAAAUGUCCAGUUCGGAGCCUCUACUCCGAGUGAAGAGCAUGGAUGAGGAGGACAGCAUUCAGCAGCAAGACACAGUGCACACUGAGGUUCUUCAUCAUCAGGACUCUUCCUCUUCCCCCUCUAUUCACUCCUCCAACUCUUGCAACAACAGCAAAGAGAUGUUUUGCACAGAGGUACAGGGGGCCACCUCUGCACUGGAUCUGCGGCAAGAAAGUUACUUUGGUCUCAGCAACUGUAUGACUGCAUCCUCUAUGUCCACACUAGGUGGGGAGGACUGUGAGAUCUUCUCCAUCCCACCCAGACGCUCCUACAGCAUGAGCCACAGGACUAAACCACAUAUACUGCCCAGGGAUCUGGUUCAUCUAGAGGACAAGUCUGUGUCAUCUAUGGGUCACCAUAGACUGCUUCCAAGACAAUCCAGCUCAGAGGUGUGCGUGAACAUGGUUGGAGUUGGCAUUACAACCCUUGACCUUAUACCUGUGGAAGAGCAGAGGCACCGCAGCUGGCCUCGGCUAGACCUCGGAAGCGCCAGGAGGUAUCUCAAGCUGGAAAACAAAGAGGACUCUGUGGACAAGUUACUGGAUCAGCUUGAGCAGCAAUGCUUACAAAUGAACAAAAGCUAUGGCUCAGGUCCCUUCCAAUGAGCUGAGGUUUAAUCAUUACAUUAAUGGAUUGACAGUUCCCAUGGUCAUUAGGAGGAGUCUCACUAAGUGACAUACACUUGGAAUAACUCAAAUUGGCACAAGUUUCCAGUGGAUAUUGUUUGCACAGUUUCUGGAAUCCCUUGAGGCCAACUAAUUUGCUGAUUUCCAAGACCUGGCUAUUUAUCGCACUUGACUAGUUUUUGCAACUAGUUUGUUUGGAGAUUUGCGGAGUAUGGAAAUGUCACUUGAAAGAACAUUAACACCUGCAACAUGGUCCCUGCUGCCGCUGACGGUAUGGAAAUGUAAACAUACAUAUUGAAGGAAACUAAGAUGGAGGUAUUUUACAGUCAUGGGAAUAUGCUAAACAGUUUGUGAUGUCAGAUGAUUGGAUGGAUCUCACGGCUUAUGUGUAAAACCCAGUUGGUGGGAUAAGUUUGUUAUUGUUGCUAAAGUCAAUACUUGUUACUAGGACACAGUAAGCAGCAUUUCUUAAUUUACGAGGUAGAAUAAACUAAGACCUCAGCAGUGACUAGAUUCAAAGUAAACACAUUUCUGACUUCCGAAUUCAGGUCAGCCAAAAGCAUGGCUCCAGAUUUGAUAGAGAUAAGAGCCAGAAAUGGAGAAUGCUGGUUCUUUGACCAAAAAAUGGAUUAAUCCAAACAGCGUGUUUACUGUUGAAUUAUUAAUUUAAAUGAUUACAAGUUAAGGUAAAGAAACCUCAGCUGAAAUGUCUGUAAAUCUUUGUCUGUGGUUUCCCAGAGUGUCUAUUCUCCUUGUAUCUCACAUUUCUUCCAUCUCUGCCUGAUGGCAGUGAAACAGAAGCAUUCAUAAUGAGGGUGCAAUGCCCUCUUGGCUUCAUUAACCAAGGUGAUCAGUGUUUUUGCAUGCACUAAUGCGGGUACAUAAUUGCUUUCCCUUUAAAGGGAGGAGUUGGACAGAGCCCCUCCUCUUUGCAAUGAAAAUGUGUAACUUCACCCUGUUUACAAAACCAAGGCUGUCACCCUGUCUCUAUUUUGUCUGUGUAGCCUGUUUUGGUACGCUGUGUUAUUUGCUGUGUGUUCUCAAUGUAUACUGAGCAAUAUCCACAGUCUGAAUGACCAAUCAGUGAUCAGACACACCUUUGAACUGGUUUCCAUGCCUGUGUUGCAAAUAAAAUGCGAAACAAAACCACUUCGAAUGUAA